AUGAUCGUCGAGGCGUCCAUGUCUCUCGCCGACGACUGGAUACACCGCCCCCCCGGUCUCGAUCUUCGAUUUCUCGACUCAGCUCAGCCUCCGCGGUCAGCAGGCAUCACUCGCCUCCGGAAUGGAUCAUCCAUGGGGCAUCUCAUAUCGCGCCUCCCAACCCCGUUCACUCCUGCAGCAUCCGGGCGUGGAAAGGCGGACCCCCCCCCACCUGCUGCGAUGCUGGGUCCCAUAUGCCGUCAAUGGACGGCUGGGUCUGAGGCCGUCGUCGAGAGAUACAGCAUGUCGCUAGUCAUCCCAUCCCCCUUGACCGUCCCUUUCGUUGACAGUCCCCGCGGAGAUGAGUGGCUGUACGGUACGCCACCACCCAACAAUGCGUUGGAAAGGAAGUUUCGCACAAAGAACGCCCGGCGACACUAG